CAGUUUCAUAAAUACAAUGCGAGUAGAGACGAGCAUGACUGAGUUCGGAAACAGUGGCGCACUGUAUGGGACGAGCGACAAAAGGAGAGCAUUUUCCACUAUCGUUUCGACGAUUUACUCUGACCAUCCGAUGUUGAGCGAAUUCGUUUUCGAGAAACGAAGCGGCUGAAGAUUUAGAUUGUGACUGGAACGACAAUAACAGAGGUACUAGUAAAGUAAACCAAUUCAAAUUCUUUGAUCGUGUAUUUUUCAGUGUGUAGUUACUUAGAGUCGGAGUUGUCCGCUCGAGUCGGGUUUGCAGUAUGCCUAGGUAGAUGAUAUGUUCUCGGCCCAAAGAUAGCAAUUCUGAAAGUAUAUUAUGCACGUGACCCGUUCUCAGAAAAUAAUUGCGUGUGCAAACUACUGCACAAACUCCAUUACAGUUUCAUUCUUAGACAUGGUGCUUAUUUAUAUACCUCCACAUCUUCUCUGAUAAUCAAACUUGUAGGAAAAAGAAACAUCCUUCUAGGAAAAGUCUACACAGACAGAUAGUUGCAAGAUGAGCUCGUGUUGCAGCAGCAGCAAGCCCAAGCAGUCGCACGCGGCUUCCGCAUCGCCCAAACAAACUGGUACACAACUACAACAUUUGUGAGAUUUCUUCUUCCUUCUGUAAUCGUAGAAGGCCAACAACAGGUCUAUGAGGUAGAUGACUAAGAAAAAGUAAGAAGAUGAUAGUGGAACUAGACACACAUUGCGCACGUGACCCAGGAACGAAAUAGCGAGUAGGUGGGAUAAGGCGCGGCCGCACUAUGCAGCGUGAUCUGAAAAAUGACUUUUUAAAAACAGCACUAGUUGUUGAAUAAAUACCCCUGCGAAUGCCCUAGGUAGCUGCUGCUAGUUGUUGAGUUCCUUCAGUCUUGAAAAUCGACCUUGUCCUUGUGUCUUAGUGCUGUGGCUGUCACGUGUCUAUGAACAAGCUGCACGCGCUGAGGAAGUUAAUCCGCUCUGAAUGAAAAACAAAAUAGAUAUGAUAGCGCCAUAUCCUAAAUAGAAGUAACGCAAUUGUUGAAAAUGCUGCGGCAAGGAUGAAGCGAUGGUGGUGGUGUCUUGGAAGUGUGAUUAUGUGGGUUGAUCAUGAAAAUUAAAGGGCUCCUACAACUUGGCGCGCGUCCUGGGUCUGGGGUGAGUAGAUAUUGUGAUGAUUAUUAGUUUGAUGCAUUUUUUUAGAUGUUUGGUCUUCCAUCCGCAACGCGGAAGCAGUAACCUAAGCGGUAAGAACACUGCGAACGCACAUGUCUAACUGGGAGGCAGUGUUGAUUGUAGAAAAACGAAAAAUACAAGGAGAGCCUGAAAAAAACAACACAAGCAUCAACAAGCUUGGUCCGAUCACAAAAAUCUCCAUCGAUACAACACACAGCUGCCUCUGGGACUCCGGCCAUUGCAAAGCUGCCAGAUUUCACUCGCAUGAAGGAUGCAGAGUGCUUACGGACUCUUAUACUUCGAGAGUUGGAAGAAUAUUGAGACCUAGCUGUUGAGUUGUGCUAACUAUUUAAGUUAGGUUAGGUUAUGGGACUCGUCUGGGAAACUUUGGCAGCUCGCCGAAUAGAUUCAAUUCAUCAGGUUAGGUUAUGGACCCCUCUGGAGAAGAGAUACUGGACUAUGCGUAAACUCCUUUUAAGACUGUACCUUCGACAUGGAAGUAACAUUCGAGUGCAAUUUCUAAUCGUCGAUGAAUGGGCCAAAAAUAAUCCAGAAGAGUACGAGAAAUUUGCUGCCGCCUACCGUGCAAAAAUAGCUUUAUGACCGUCUGGGUAAAAAGGAUUGACUUAUAUAGAAACCACAAAGCGAAGUGCAUAAAAAAGGUUAGAAAAUAGAAAAAGGCAACUGCAACAAUUAUGUCCUGCGAACGACCUCUUGCUAGGUAAAUGAAUGAAUGAAUGAAUGAAUGGGUCAACAGUUUGGUUAAUUGAGUUCCAGAUCAUGCUACUUAGAUUCAAUUGGAAACACGGCGCAAGGCUUGCAAUCCAGUCCAUUUCCAAGACCUGCUUCAUACAGAAUCUGAUAAAAUCACCAGACCAUGAUUAUUCACUUUGGUGAAAGGCGCACAUACGUCACAAAAAUAUGCGUUGGAAACUUUAUUGGCCUAACAUGGAAUAUCCAUUUUCGAAGUUCUCACUUUCCUAUCUUGAUAUUUGAUUCUGGCGUUAGUGAGUUCUUAUUCGGUACCAGCUUACACCAGGAAUCUCCUUAGUGUCACAUUGUUGCUCAUCGGAUUUUUUCUUUUGUCUUUCUUCAUGGAUGAAGCGCCCUGAACUAUCCGACAUCGCGCCGGUUACACCAACAAAUGUUCUCCGGGAUGUGUCAGCCUUAUGGAGUCGGUUAAUGGCAACUCAUUGAUUCACAGAUUAUAGUAGAGAAAAGAGGUCACUCACAAGCAAUUUCGCGGAAAUAUGUGUUGAAUAUGUGUGCUGAUCCGGUGCUCAAUGCGCAGGGCCGAGGCAGGACCCCAUCUGAAUCUGAACCUUAUUCAUUUCCACUAUUUCGCUGUGAUAGUUGAAUCCGAUCAGGAGUUUUCUAUUAGUCAAGCCAUUCAUGUGUUUUCUUCUGUUAACUAUACAUUGAGACUUCUUCAUUGGCGGAGAGGGGGACCGCGAGUUCCUUCCUUGAAGGCGCACUGGGCGACGGAGGUUCUACGACCGGAACCUCCACUCCGACGACGUCUGAAAAUGGUGCGACGGAUGUGAGCACGCCUAAGAAUGCGGUGGAUAUGGACAGGAGUCUGGUCUUGGGCACCGCGACUGUCUUACGAUUGUCUUUACAAAACUAGCGCACGUAAAAUCAAACUAAAGUACUUGUCUUCAAGAUUUUCAUAACCCUAAAUAAUUGUAAGUCCUUUAAAUACUCAUCUUUCAUUCUUGCGGAACGGCAUUGACAGAAGGAGCUCGAGUGCCUUCCUCGAAGGCACUCUGGGUGACGACUCUAUCACCGGCACUUCUGCCUCGACGACGCCUAAGAAUACGCUGGAUAUGAAUACGACUCUCGUCUUGGGCACCUCGACUGUCAUCCUUGUGCUAGGUCUCUAUCUCUGUCGCCGCCAGUUGCGCUCUUGGUUUUGUCCGAAGCGUGCUGUUCCGGUGUUGGCGCCUGCAUCUGACGCCAAGGCUCAAGGCUACGGCUCUCUGUCGGCUUUGGAAGAUGUUUAGGUAUGCCUUGUAAGUAGUUCUUUCUAUGAUAGGUGGAUUGAAUUCUUCUACAUAUGAUGACUUAAACCCUCCUGAAUGAGUAAUACUAAUAUUAGACGAGCCAAUACGACAUCUUGAGAAUUUAUGCAUGGACACCCUACUGCGCAGUUUGAAAAUUCAUAUGAUGAGGCUCUCACCAGUGUUCCCACUACGCCGAGGCUUGUGUGUAUGAGAAUUUCCAAUUAUGAUUCAUAUUUCCAAAAAAAGUUGUACUGAUUUGCACAGCAUUUUUACGAAGCUUGCUACGUAAAACUUUCCUGAACAUAGACUUCGCAACCCGAUGGCUCCAUCACGUAAUCAUCCCCAAUAUUUAAGGAACAGGUAUGCAACAGGACUUCGAUCGCACGAAAAUGUAAAUCGUUUUCGUUUUUGAUAACCAUCCAACAUGAAGUAUAAUACACGUAGCUCAUAUUCGCUAUCCUCAUUUGUCCUACCAUGUCAUAUGGCAUACGAACGCGAGGGAGAACUUUUGCUAGUACGUAAGGCCUCUCCGGUGCCGAUGAAUGCCGAAAACCUCCUCACAGAAAUUAUAUUACAUCACCCUGAAGGUCAAGCUGCAUGAAAUUCCAAGAAAAACUAGAAAAGUACGCUCAUCUUCACGGCGAUA